AUGCGUACAAGGGGCAUGUUCAUGGUGUAUCUCUGUCUGGCCUUCCAGGUGCUUAUGAUACCUAUCCAUCAAGUAGUGCUGCACCAGGAAAACAAACACGCGACGGACAAGUACCCUCGUUCCAUGUUGCGAUCAUUGAUGACAUUCAACACUUUCAACUCCAUGGAACAAAAACAAAACCCAGCGACAUUGACAAACCAUUCUUUGAUUCAGACGACAAAACACGCUCAUCACAGAAGUCACGACAGUAAUGUGUCUGCCAGAAGCUUUGUGCAAUCACAGACGCAAGAAAACCAAAAGGGACUAAACGAGCACAAGUCUGAUCAAAUGUCCACAGACAUAAGCUUGACAGAGGAGAUAAAGCCUCCUCCUCCCGUCCGUAACUCCUCCUCCCCUCCCCCUCCUUCCCCUUUCCUCAGCUCGCCCUUCAGGUCCCUCCAAGCCAAGUUCCUCUACCCCUCCAGGCACAAGCGACUCGUCCUCCGCCCCCCCUUCAUGACGCGGCUACGCGAGAUGAUGGAGGAGGACAUCGCCCCUACCGGCCUGGCGUACGUGGCCUGGGACCGGCAGCGCUUCAAGAGCAAGGGAGGCAGGUACUGGCGCGGCAGCCGCGUCAAGCCCGGCACCGACCCGCGUCGGAUCAACAAGAUCUGGAUCUGGGGCGAGCGCAGCAGCUGCACUACGUUGAUGACGGAGCUGAUCCGACAGAACUUCCGCCUCGGCUGCGGCGACCCGGGAGGCGACGAGUGCGUCAUCGGAGGCCUACCAUGGAAGCACGGAUACUUGCGGCAUGCAGGUACGCCCGUUACUUGUAUCCACGCGCUCGAGAGUAGCGAGACGAGAGAGGAAGAGACAAGAGACCAGAGUGAAGAUGAAGAGCGUAGAUGCAGCAGAACGAGGUCGAGGAGGAGGGCUGGCGGUGACUUGCUUCCUUCCGCAGACGUCAGGCACCAGGCCCAGACCCUCAACCUCCUCGUCACCCGCAGCCCCUACGAGUGGGUCGAGUCCAUGCAUCGCCACCCCUUCUACGCCGAGGUGCACAAUAACCUCGACAUGUCCACCUUCCUCGCGCGAGAGUGGGUGACCUUCGAGGACUCCAGCGGCAUCGUCUCCGCCUCCUACGACGGUCAGGGGCGAUGGGGACGCGGGGACAACGUGGUCCCGUGCGAUCGCGCCCGGAGUCGCUUGGUACCGGGGGCGGCUUGUGCGCAUCAAGGGAGGGAGUACACGUGCGUGGAGCUGCCUGGGCUGAGGGCUAACGCUCCCUUGCUCGCCGGCCUCUCCGUCAGCCCCCACGAGAGCUGCUUGCCUCCGUCGCACAGCAGCGCCGUGUGCGGGGAGAGGUUCCUGUGUACGGGGCUGGACAGCGACUGGCUGAGCGGCGACGAGGACGCGAGGCGCUGGAGGAGGAGCGUGUCCGACUACAUCCUUGAGAGCGCCGGAGAGGUCAGCCGAGCACGCGAGGCUGGCGUCGGCUUGCCGGGCUUGAGCUCGCCCGAUCUCGAGUGCUUGGCCGUCAGCAACUACCAGGUGCAGACCAGGCUUGAGCUCGCGCCGUCGCCGAGCUGCUACGACGGCGAGGGCUCGUGGGGGCGAUGCAGGGAGGGGAAGUUCCUGUGCCACGCCAAGACGCCGCGGCAUUGGGACGUCUCUCCUCAGGCGUGGGAGGCGAUGAGGCGCCAGCUGCAGCUCGCCUCGCUGUCCGUGCAGCGCCGGAUGCCCGGGGCCCAAGCGUACGACCCUCCGCUGACGAUGAGUGAGAAGUGGGAGGACCGAGACCCGGACACGAAGAGGCGGUUCCCCAACAUCCUCGCCAUGCGGGCCGCGAAGCUGCGAGACUGGUUCCUGGUCGCGGACGAGAAGCUGGACUUCAGCUCCCAUGUCGCCUGCCGAGACUUCUUCAUCGACCCCAUCAAGGUCCUGGCCAGGCUGGAGCGAGACUUCAAGCUCGUCAGGAAGCAUAGCUCCUGGCAGCUCUCCCAGUGCAUGAUGCACUUCGGCGUCGCCAGCUGCCCCAACGGCUUCCGCCACGCCAAGUACGAGUGGGACUCCCCGCAGUCGGCGUCCAAGCGCCGCUACUACACGCAUGGCGAGUACGCUCGCGCCUUCUCCCCUACGACGCUGAAGCAGGUGGGGGCCUGGCUUGACGAGGAGCUGGAGGGAGCCCUGGGGUACCGCGUGUACGAGGACCUGCAGACGCUGUCGAGGCCGUACACGGGGGAGACGAGGUGCGAGGAGCAUCGGCCGCGGGCGAAGGAGGAAGGGAUGGAGUGCUAUGGGGACUGCGGGGAGAGAUGCCGCGCAGGCUCAAUUUGA